CCGACCAGUCCAUCUCUGCACGCACACAUUUAUCUCAACACAUCUUAGGGCUUCAGCACGUUCAGCAACAGCUGUAAAUGUCGCUAGAAACGCAUCUUUGAUCGCAUUCCGUGCCUUCCAUGGUUCUACCCAAAUCUCGGAGCCUAUGGACGGCUCGAUCUCCCUCGUACACCCUAAGGACCCUCGCUCGGGUUCAGCUCACCCCCGUGCUUCCGCACCUACCGAGCCUUCGAGCUCGAGUCAGGAUCCACCAGAGACUGAACAAUCUUCCUCGACGAUUAUGAGCCCUUCUACCCCAGAUGCGAACAACUCUGGUCCGCCCUUCCCGGGUUCGCCAACCUAUGGGUUUGGAGACGGAGACGUGUCUGGUCUGCCUGUGUCUCAGAACCCGAGUCAACAGCAUCAACGCAACCAAAAUGAUCGCCCGGUGUACUUGAGCCCGCCUUUCCACACGUACCAGUUCUUCGCCGCUCUCGAGCGCACCUUCCCGACGCCGACCGCACGAAAUCUCAUGCGUGCUACACGGGCGCUGCUUGUGGAUCGAAUAGGACGCGUCAGGCGAGAGGGAUUGACCGUACAGGAUCUUGAGAAUCAAGCGUAUCUCUUCAAGGCCGCCCUCUCGGAACUACGAUCAGAGAUGUCAAUGCGCACCAAAAACGAGGGAGCGACUAUACGCACUGCGACGGCUGCGCUUCGACGCGAGGUGGACCGUCUUGAUAUCAAGAUGAAAGAGGACCUCGGCAGGCUCAAACACGAAAUCCAGAUGGAGCUUGACAGCUCAAAGGGCGAAUCCAGGGCAGAUGCGAAUCAACAAGAAGUCGUUAUCGAGGAAAUACUGAGCAAAUCUGUCGUGAGGGUCGGUGAGCUCCGGGCAACAAUGGAAGAGGUUCGGUGGGAUAACAUGCGCAAGGGCGUCAUGGCUUUGAGUGGGUUUCUUGUGCUAAUUUUCCUUAGCAUGGAGUUUUGGAAGUCCAAUGCAUCGCAGCCACGCCCGACACCUCACACUGAUCCGUCUCGUCCACCUCCUACCAACGCGUCCACUCAGACGGAUGAGCUACUUUCGUCAUGAGGUGAAGCCUUAUCAAUUAUUCAAUCUGUAGAUCCAGCUGGUCUCGACAGGCCGAUCAUACAUCCUACAUUCGCUACCAAUUAAAGAUAUUCCAUACCUCGCGACCACGCAUGUAAUGCGAAUCCAUAAUAUGCUACACUGGGAAUCCGAAACAACAUAGAAUGUGCCAUGGAAAACAAAUCAAUUGACCGUGAGUUUCUCAACCUUGUCUGCCAGAGCAUCUGGGUCGGUUGUACUUGACUUUGCGUCUGGUUUUGACGACUUGGCGGCAUCGGUUGAGGCUGCAUUUGAGCCGUCCUUUGUCGAGCUUGAGCUCUCCCCGCUUUCAGCCUGGGACUUCGCUGCCUCGUCUGCCUGGUUGUCCUCGUCCUCGUCAUCCCAGUUAUCCUUUACCUCCUCCUCUUUCGUCACCUUUUUUGCGGAACGCUGCCUGGCACGUUUCUUGGCGUUCUUGUUUGGGGCUGGGCUCGGGUUUGCUUUGGCAGGCUGAGAGGUGGAGGAAGGUGCGACCCAGCCGAGUAUGUGGCCCUUGGGUAAGGCACUGCGAUCUGCCUGAGCCUGGCGACUGCCGCGGAAACGAGAGACAUCUUCCUGAGGAGUAAAUCCAGGACGUAUCUUGAGUUCCUUACGAACGGUCCCAUCAGGUCUGCGGGAUUCAGGGACGACGCGAUCGAGCGUACGGGGAUCUACCGCGAUCCCAGAUGCGGUCUUGUCAGGGAAAAGUGGAGGGCGCGACAUGACGAGGACGAUAGAGAUUUGAGGAGGAGCGAGUAAAAUAUGCUGAGUAUAGACUACUACUGCACCGUCCGAG